GUCAUGGCCUUACAAAAAUACAAAAUGAGGGUAAAUGGAGAGAGAAGAUGAAGAAAAAGUGGAGAGAUAAUGAAAAGAUGGAUUAAGAGAGGACAGACGACAAUUUUGUAGAGGUUCUAAUGUCCCGCGAAAAUGGAUCCUCCACCGUUGUUGCACGGUGCAACACUUAUAGAGACCGGAAGAUUUAGAGAAUGAAAUCUUCUCUCUCUAGAAUCUAUAUAGAAUAUUCUCAUUGUUUGUGCAGCGUGUAACAUGUACAGGGGAUCUAAAUUCUCCGCUCCCUCUACCUUAUUAUAGUUAGGUACAAUAUUUAAAAGCUUAAAAUAAAUUUAAAUAAUAAUGAGAAAGACCGUUGAAAUUUGUGUUAAAUUUAUUUCGAUAAUAAAUUAAACUAUUAGGUUAGAUGAUGAGAUCCUUUUAUACAUCAGUUAUGACCCUGGGAAAUAAACAAAGCUAAGCGUACCCCAAAUCUGGUUAAAUGAAAAAUGAUGUGGUUUUUUAAUUUAAUUUAGGCUCAUUUUAAGCUUAUGAAUAGUUAAGGUUGAGAAUAAUUACUACUGGUAUUAUUGCAAAUGCGGAGGCGUAUAUGUGCAACCAUUGUGUGUGAAUAAAUUCUUGGUUCUUUAGCUUUUAGUCCCAACCGUGGCUUUCAUUAGUUUCACAAAUAUAAUAUUUGCGGAGUUUCUCAAGAGCAAAUUAAAACCAUGUUUUAUCGUUGAAAUAUAAAGAUGGAAAAGUAUUGUUGUACGUGGGAGAUAAACAAAUUGAACCGUUCGUAUAUGGACUAGUCUCAAAUAAAGGUCCCACAUGUGAUUUAUGGACAUGUUCUUUUCUUCUAUAUCGCUGAAAAUAGUAUAGUUUGCACAAUGGAGACCUCUUUUACGUACGUUAAACUUAAAGAAAGGAAGCCCAUGAAUGGAUUGAGCAUCUUGAAAAGAACGAAAAUGAGGAAAAGAAAAUGAAAACAGAAGAUUAGCAUCACUGCCUCAUCAAGCAAAGUCAAUAGGAAGAAAGACAAACAUUAAAAUAAAGGUAAUUAAGGUAAGAUAGGUUUUGCAAGUAAAUUUAGUGUUGACAGUAGAAAUUACAUACACCGUUGGCUCCAAAACAAAAUUCAACUUUAAAUUACUCCAACUGGAUACCAAUCUUACUUUGUGAGCUUGUGUCAGCUGGAAGUGCCAAUUGAAUCCGAUGCUUUCCCCAUUUCUUUUGUUUUUAUGUCAUGUCUCUCAUGGUCUUUUUCUUUAUGUUUCAACCUGGGACAAGUUGUGUUUUCCUUUUCAUCAUUUUUCUUUUAUCUAUGUCAGGUGAAAAAAGAGUUCUAUAAAUAAAACACAUCCUCUGCCAUAUAUUUGUGUGCUCAUUUUAGUCUCCUCCAUAAUUGUUUCUCAACUUCUCUUCAAAAGCUUCAACAUUUCCCCAACAAGCAAACACCAUGGCUAACCCACCCCCGGUUCGUCCAUGGUUCCGCUUAACCUCCAUUCGCCCCGCACCUGCUCCUGCUCCUGCACCUGCACCUGCACCAGCUCCAGCUCCAGAGCCACGACCAACGUUGAUUCUACCUACAUCUAGGACUGCUUCAGCACCACCAUCACCUCAUAAUCAGACUCAACCAAGUCAACCUCCAACUCAAGAAAAGAAAACAGAAAAUGCAGCUAAUUCAUCUCCACCUCAUAGAGUAAUUCCUAAUUCUUCUUCUUCUUCUUCAUCAUCUUCAUCUUCGAUGUCAUCUUCUCCUAUUCAAAAGGCAACACGUACACAACCAUCAAGUACUUCUUCUCCGGAGAAAACUACUACCACUAAUUCCCGUGUUCCGAUUCCCACUCAAUCUCCGAAAACAAUUAACCAAACCAUUCGUAGCCCAAUUCAUUCAGCUAAGGCCAAAUCCACCUCUUCACCACCCUCUCCUCUCACACUCCCACCUUCCCACUUCAAAACUGAAGAAGAACAUUCAAAGAUACCAAUGGAGGCGGAGCCAAAAGCAGUGCUAGUUCAGAAAAAUGUCGACAUGCCUAAGCCGUGGCACAAUGGCAAUGGUGAAUUUCACAGAGAGACUCAAAAUCAUCACAACAAUUCUCAUCAUGGAAAACACAUUACUGUAAAAGGAAAAGAAACCGCCAAGGAGAGAAAGGUUUUAGAUUCAGAGGACUCUGGCAUGAGAGUGAUAACAAUUGCAGGGGAAAACAGAGGAGCUUAUAUGGAACUAGUUCAUUCCCAAAAGAAAAACCAACCCAAUCAUCUUCACAAUAAGGAAAAGUCAAUUAGUGUCAAAGUUGAUAAUGGUGGUGAGUCAGAUAUUUCAAGUGCUGAGGAAGGAAAAACAAACAAGAAAGAUAAGAAUAACAAAGGGAGAACAAAAUCUUCGUUUCCAAUGUCUGCUUACAUGAACAGCAAUGUACAGUGUGUUAAUAACUCUCUAUUGUAUCAUACUUCUUGCUCUCACCAUGAUCCAGGCGUUCGUCUUUCUCUUUCAAAGAAGCCAUUUGGUGAAGGCUACUAUAUGAAGGAAUAUGUUGAUGUCCAUGGCCACAAAGCUUGAUUCGAAGAUGAUGUUUGAAUUAAUUCUAGAUGGUUCGUUGUAUUUCUGGCUUAACGUAUGGUUUUAAUAAAGGUUGAUGGUGAAUGAUCAUCAAAGUGGUAUGGAGUAUCGAUUCUAAUUCUUGUGUUUCAUUUUUUAGUGGAGUUAAGUUGAAGAUUCUGCACUGCCUUUGGUGGAAAAUAAAUGCAUGGACGCAUGCAUGCAUGACUUUAACCAGAUGCUUCUUAGUUUUCUUAUUGAGAGAGAUAGAGACGGUGGUAUAAUUUCUGUAUGGUUGAUAAUCCUUUUAGUUGUUAUGUUUAUUUAAGACAUUGUUGUUUUGCAAUAAAUCUGUAACUCCCAUAAUGUUUAAAUAUAUUUCUUCUGGUUGAAAAUUUAGUUCUAUCAAUAUAGUCUGACACAAGUGUUAGAUAUUUGAGUCUCUUAA